UUGGUUGUAUGUUGUAUAUAAAACGCUCUACCACUGAGCUACCGCGACCGAUUUCACUCAUAUGGAGACGUCACCACUGCCGGUGAAGGGCUGCAAAUUUAGCCCUAUGCUCGGCGCUUACAAUCUUUGAGCAGGUAGGGAUCUUCAUCGUGCCAAACCUGCUGUGACGCGGGACCUCGGUUUUUGCGGUCUCAUCCGAAGGACCGCCCCAUUUAGUCGCUUCUUACGACAAGCAAGGGGUACUGAGGACCUAUUCUAACCCGGAUCCCCACGGGAUAAUUGUAGAUAUACUGCAGUCUUUAGAAAAUCCACUGAUGUCGUCUAAACUAAACAGAGAGGGUUAAAAAAAAUGGAGAAUGCGACUAGUACAUGUAUAUCGCAAAAGGAGGGCGCUGUUGCUGCUGUCACUUGUCACCGUAGCCAUCUAUAUUUUACUAAUGAUGAAACGGGAACACACACAUGGCGACGGAGGGACAUAUACCCCCAUUCAAGCUGACGCAGUGUUCUUCACUCGUUCACACCACGACGAAUCUGCGAUCGAGCAAAUUCUGGCAAAUAUCUCGUGGAACCAUGUGGACCCACGGAGGACAUUUAAAAUGAACGUCUACCUCAGUGACGAAAUCCCCGUAAAUCGCCCAGUUCCUGAUUCCAGGCCAUUAAGUUGUAGCAGUAGAACAUGGCCCAGGGAUUUACCCCUAACCAGCGUAGUGAUUACUUACCACAACGAAUGGCCCUCUGUGUUAGUUCGCACUGUCUACUCUGUUAUACAGCGAACUCCAAAGCACCUUCUGAAUCAAAUCAUCCUGGUGGACGACGCCAGUACGGAACGCGAAACUCGACAAGGAACUAAUUUUCUAAAGACUUACCUUGGCAGUUCUCCUAUAACUUAUCUCCGAUUGGACGAACGUCAGGGCCUUGUUAAGGCCAGACUACACGGGGUCUCUGAGGUCAACUCGGAGGUCGUGGUGUUUCUAGACAGUCACAUGGAGGUCAACUAUAACUGGUUACAGCCCUUGUUAGUUGAAAUCAGAAACAACAAAGCUACUGUCGCUAUGUGUCACCUUGAUUACGUCAACCCUAAAACUUUCAAGUACUCACACGAGAAGGACUAUCGAACACGUUACGGCUUUGAUUGGCAGCUACAUUUCUUUGAAACUUACUUCCGAAAAGACCAAACAGAAGGAAAGGAUGAGACGGUUUCAUUGCCGGAGAAGCGGUUUUCUGAGGGGCCGAUUUGGAGAAGUUUCACUGUAAUAGUUUCGGUGUCCAUACAUGUGAUCGGGGUGGUGGCAGUAGGAGCCGGAUUUGCAAUCAAUGUAGAAUACUUUAAGAGUAUUGGAACUCUAGAUGACGGAAUGAAGAUAUGGGGAGGAGAAAACAUAGAACUCUCCAUACGGGUAUGGACUUGCGGGGGUCGGCUUGUCCACGUAGCCUGUUCCAAGAUCGGCCACAUCGCACGAGACCAGCCUUACAGUUUCCUGGCGGAGCGGUCCGCUGUAGAAAUACACAAUUAUAAGAGGAUUGUGGAGGUGUGGUUUGACGAGUUCAAACAAUAUGUUUAUCAUGUCUAUCCAGAAAUGAAGUCUGUAGAUGCAGGAGACAUUGAUAAGAGAAAAGAAAUUAGGAGAACAUUGAAAUGCAAACCUUUUAGCUGGUUUCUUCAAUCAAUAUGGCCAAAGUUACUGCCAUACGAACACUAUUCCAGAGUAUGGGGCUCUGUUCAGACUGACGUUUCGGGUCAAAAGAUGUGUUUGAACAACAAGAAGUACUUGUUUUCUUGGCCCGAGCAGUUGGUGGUGAAGUCUUGUCAAGGCGAUCAUAUGACUGAAACCUUUGCGCUUACAGACAACAGUCAGUUACGGACAAUACUGCAAUGUGUGGUAGUCAUUCAGGAUGGUUUGGAUUAUGUCCCUUAUCUACAGAGCUGCUCGGAAGUGACAAAUGUUUCAUCAACAUAUUGGUCCUACGAGUUUCAGAUGCUGAUGCAUGUUUCGACCUCCUUAUGUAUGGAAGUUUCACAAACUGGUUUACACCUUACCAUGAACACAUGUGAACGAACAAACAAACGACAGAAAUGGGAAUUCAAGGUCCUCCCAAAAACACAGAACCAGAAUGUAUACGAUUUGCAAUCCUAAGAGAAUGGAGAUCUUUUUUCCCUCUCUGAUAUUUUCCGAAGUAGUUGAAGAAAACUUUCGACUUCAGUCGACUUCAAGAAAUUCGACAUUUCUGUGAUAUUGAGUCUUUACUUGGGUGUAAAUUGUCAAGAAAUCCGACAUUUCUAUAUAUGGAGCCUUCACUUCGUUGUAAAUUGUCGGGAAACUACUAUCAGAUCCGCUGUCCUCGGUUUGCUUGACAAACCACGGCCUACUUUCCAGAUUACUUAGAAUGACAUUGUGGUACAUUUCCACCCUCUCUGGAGAGAUAAGUAGAUCUUAUUGUACCCUAUGAUCCUCGGCAUUAUUUUCUUCUAGAGUCGUACUGUCUUUCCUUGUUCCUAAAAAUUGACUUGUUAGACAAGAGGAAUAAAGCUGACCAGGUCAUUUAUAAACAAUGAAAAUAGAAAUGGUGAUAAAUUUCCCCCUUGUCUUAAACCAACAUUGCACAUGAAAAAUUCUGAUACGUUUUCACCAAUUUGUAUCUUUGAUUUAAUACCACUGUACAUAUUUUUGAUAAAUCGAAAACAUUUUCCAUCUAUUCCAUUGUUAAAAGUUUUUGUUAAUAGGCCAUUUCUCCAAACAGUGUCAAAGGCCUGCUCGAAAUCUAUUAAAGCACAAUAUAAUUUUUUCGUAUUACUCAAUGCAUAUUUUCUAAGAAAAUCUAACACAAAUAUAUUAUCGGUUGUACAAUACCCUUUUCUAAAUCAUGUUUGCGCUUCACUGAUUAACUCUAAUUCAUCCACAAAAGCAUCAAAACAUUUGCACAAUAUACUGGUAAAAGGUUUUCCCAGACAACUAAGUAGCUUGAUUGGUCUGUAAUAUUCAGGAUGACUUAUGUCGCCCUUACCCUUAUAAAUUGGUUUCACUAAUCCUACCAGCCAAUCCUCUGGAACUAUACCACUAUCAAAUAAUAUAUUAUACAGUUCUAGAUAUACGGGCAUAAAAGUUAAAAUAGUUGUCUUUAUAUACUCAUUCACAAUAUGGUCACCACCAGGUGCUUUAUCAUUUUUUAACUGCGGCCAUUAUUUCUUCACAUGUUAUCGGUUGAUUAAGAAUUGUGUUGCUACCGGUACUUAAGUUUAUAUUGAAAUCCAUUUCAUCAUUUUGACCAUUACCUUCAUUAGUUUUCUUCAUAAACUCAAACAUGAAAUUGAUAUUGACACUAGUUUUGUCUUUCCUAUUGGAGAUAUUAUAUCCGAAUAUUCUUUUGGAUUUCCACUAUGGAGUGCUUUAUCUGAGAUACUACCAUUGUGAUCUUUAAUACACCUAUCCAUGGUUUUCUUAUAUACUUUACUACUACGUCGUAAAUUGUUCUAGGUUUCAUUUGUCUUUGCUUUACUAUGUAAACGUUUAGCGAGGUGAAUUUUUUUCUAGCUGUACGGCAAGUUUUAUUAAACCAUUGUUUAUUUGUA